GUAAAGGAUGAGAGUGGGAGACUACUAUCUUUGAUUUUGACAAUGAUGAUGCAUUCCAAUUAUUCUUCUCAUUGUCAUCAUCACUAACAUUUUCCAUGCAAUUACUUUUAAAUAAAUAGAAAAUGUGGUUCCACCUGCGAGAGAGAGAGAGAGAGACAGAGAGCUGUGGAUGGCUACAAAUGAUGCACAGCAACUGUAGCCUUUAUCAUUUCCCAACAAUGGCAGCCUGCAAACGCACUUGGAUUAAUGCUCAACACCCACCGAAACCCCUUCUCACAACAUCCAUCUUCUUCAUCUUCUUCCUUAUCCUCACUCUACUGAUCCCUUCUGCAACUUCACUCUCCUUCAACUUCACUAGCUUCACCCCCAACACCACCCAAAUAGUCCUCGAAGGAGACGCCUCAACCUCAAACUCCUCUCUCCAGCUCACCGUCAACCAACAGGACAAGCCCAUGAACGAGAGCCUCGGGCGAGCCACUUACGCCCACCCGAUGCAUCUCUGGGACCACGCCUCCCGAAAUCUCGUCGACUUCACUACCACUUUCUCAUUUUCCAUCAAUUCCAGGAACAGUUCGAAUUUCGCCGACGGGUUCGUCUUCUUCCUCGCCGCCAGCGACUUCCCGUUCCCGGACGUCAGGUACGGCGGUGGCCUCGGCCUCGUCGACGGGAUCGGAGAUAUGCACCCAUUUGUUGCUGUGGAGUUCGACACUUUCAGCAACGAGUGGGAUCCAAAGGGCACCCAUGUGGGUAUUGACAUCAACAACAUGAAAUCUGUGAGUAAUACUUCGUGGAUGAGCACUGUUUUGGAUGGGAAAAGAGUCGAUGCCUUGAUUCAUUACAAUUCCAGCUCAAAAAAUUUGAGCGUUUCCUUCACUGGAUUCAGGGGAAACGUGACCAUCCAACAAAGUCUUAACUACGAAGUUGAUCUGAGAAAUUACUUGCCGGAAUGGGUCAAGUUCGGGUUCUCCGGCGCGACGGGAAGUUACUAUGAGUUGCAUACCAUCUAUUCUUGGGAAUUUAGUUCAACUUCGCAAAUGAGUGAAAAUUUUACAAACGGAAACAAGAAAAGGGAGGGAUUGGUCGUGGGAUUAGGUGUCGGUGGAGGCGUUUUGAUUGGAAUGCUCUGUUUGGCUGCUUUUGGCCUGUGGAAGAGGAAAUUCAAAGGCGAAAACGAAGCCAAUCCACUGUUCGACGAAGCCAUAGUUGAGGAAUUCGAGAAGGGCACCGGACCCAGGAAAUUCUCCUACCGCGAUUUGGCCCGAGCGACGAAAAAUUUUUCGCCAGGGACGAAGCUCGGACAGGGCGGCUUUGGUGGAGUCUACAGAGGUUUCUUGAAGGAGUUGAAUUCCCACGUCGCGGUGAAGAGGGUCUCAAAAGACUCGAGACAGGGCGCAAGGGAAUACGCAGCGGAAAUAAGGAUCAUCAGCAGAUUAAGACACAGAAAUUUAGUACAAUUGUUCGGUUGGUGCCACGAAAAGAAAGAACUCCUUCUGGUCUACGAAUUCAUGCCCAAUGGAAGCUUAGAUUCCCACAUGUUCAACCCAGAAUGCACAUUGACAUGGGCACAAAGGUACAGAAUAGCACAUAACUUGGCCUCUGCCCUUCUGUAUCUCCACGAAGAAUGGGAACAGUGCGUAGUUCACAGAGACAUAAAAUCAAGCAACGUGAUGCUAGAUUCGAACUUCAACGCCAAAUUGGGGGAUUUCGGGUUAGCCCGAUUGGUGGACCACGCGAGGGGGGCUCGAACCACGGCGGUGGCCGGCACCAUGGGGUACAUGGCGCCGGAGUGCAUCACCACAGGCAGGGCGAGCAAGGAGUCGGAUGUGUUCAGCUUCGGCAUCGUGGCGCUGGAACUUGCGUGCGGGAGAAAACCCAUAGACCCCAACGCGGAGGAAAGCGAGAUGGUGUUAAUGGCGGAGUGGGCAUGGGAUCUGUACGGGAGGGGGAGGGUUCUGGAGGCGGCGGACGCGAGGCUGCACGGCGAUUUUGACGAGAGGGAGAUGGAGUGCUUAGUGAUCGUGGGGCUUUGGUGCGCGCACCCGGACCAGAGUCUGCGACCGUCGGUGAGAGAAGCGAUUCAGGUGCUUAAUUUUGAGGCGCCGCUGCCUAUGCUGCCUUCGAAGAUGCCGGUGCCGACGUAUCUGGCGCCGCUGGGGAGCAUGCCUGCGGUGUCGUUCCCGUCGUCCCUGGGCACCGGCGGUGGUUUUUCGGAUACUGGCCCCCCGGAUGGGUCUUCUUAUAACAGUAAUAACACCAGUACCUCCUAGGUUUUUUUUUUAUUAUUCUACUUAGUUGGUAAUUUUUAUUUUUUUUUUUAAAUUACAUACCAAAUUUUCACAUAUCCGUUUUACGGUUAACGUGACUAAUCCCACGCCCCUUGAAGCCGAUCACACAACUUCAAAGGGAGGUAAAUUUCAGGAAUCCAAAGACGAAAACGAAUCCAGAAAGGUUUGAACACUUGAUCUCGUGAGAGGCACUCCCGCAGCCCGUAUUACCACCUGAACCACAUUCUGAGUGUAUGUAGUUGGUUAUUUUGUUCCGGGGGUCUGGCUGUUUUCAAUUUAAAUUCAGAUGCAAUCAUAGUUUAUACACUCAGGUCAAAUGUUCGAGAUGUGGUCACCCGAAUCUAGAUGCAAUCACAGUUUAUAGACACUUAGAUCAAACGUUCGGGAUGUGGUCACCCUCCUAGUAAACCCUCCUUGGGUGCGGAGGGGAUCUCAGAACAGUGACAAAUCGUACCAUGACUUUAUAAUUGAACUAAUGCUUUCUUUGCUUUUUUGUACAAAUUAUGAGUUGGCCAUGUAUGAUAAUGGAGGGAAAGUUAUUGGUCAAGGUUUUUGAGAUUAAAAUUAUUUAAAAUUCAAGAA